AUGAAGCCUCUUGCUCUCCGCUUGUUUGUGUUUGCUGUUCUAGUGGUUCUUGCUGCUGCUUGGACUAAAGAAGAUUAUGAAAUCUUCCGACUCAACGACGAGGUCGCAGCCACUGAAGGUGCUAAUGUGACCUUUUACGACUUCCUCGGUGUGAGUCCCAAUGCCAACCAGGACGAAUUGAACAAGGCCUACCGCAAGAAAUCCAGACUUCUCCACCCCGACAAGGUCAAGCGAUCCUUCAUCGCCAACCGUUCCAAGGACAAGGCCAAGGCCAAAACCACCAAGCAGGGCGUCCAUGUCAACAAGGGUCCCUCCCAGCGCGAAAUUGCCGCCGCUGUCAAGGAGGCCCAUGAACGGGCUGCUCGCUUGAACACCGUCGCCAACAUCCUCCGCGGGCCCAGUCGUGAGCGUUACGAUCACUUCUUGAAGAAUGGCUUUCCCAAGUGGAAGGGCACCGGCUACUACUACUCUCGAUUCCGUCCGGGUCUAGGAAGCGUGCUUGUUGGGCUCUUUCUCGUUUUCGGUGGUGGUGCUCAUUACGCCGCGCUCGUCCUCAGUUGGAAGCGGCAGCGGGAAUUCGUCGACCGGUACAUUCGUCAAGCAAGAAGGGCCGCCUGGGGUGAUGAACUUGGGAUCCGUGGUAUUCCUGGCGUCGACUCCGCCAGCACUGCCGUCCCUCCUCCCCCUCCCGAGCAAGGAGAGGCAACUGCAAUUCCUAUGAACCGGCGCCAGAAGCGCAUGAUGGAGCGCGAGAACCGCAAGGAAAGCAAGAAAGGUUCAAAGGCAUCACCACGCGGCUCCGGCACUGCAACGCCCACCACUGAGUCCGUCCAGCCGACUGGCGAGAGGAAACGGGUUAUUGCUGAAAAUGGCAAGGUGUUGAUCGUCGAUUCCGUUGGAAAUGUCUUCCUCGAAGAGGAGACUGAGGACGGAGAACGCCAGGAAUACCUGCUGGACGUUGAUGAGAUUCAGCGACCGACUAUCCGUGACACAAUGGUGUUCCGCGUCCCGAUUUGGUUGUACCGGCAGACCGUGGGCAAACUGACUGUAGCUUCAACCACGGGAGAGCACGAAGUCGACGCUGAAGAAGAAUCUGCAGAGGCCACGGAGCAAGAGGUCCAGGAUAGCAGCAGUUCUGCUCUCAGGUCCAAUAGCGGUGCGUCUAGACGGAGAGGAAAACGGUCACAAAGGUCCUAA